GACAUUUGUUGUGCUUGGGUUUGCGAAUUGUGUUUAAUGUAGGCAAGCAAUGUUAAUGCUGAUUUGUGUACAUUUUUGAAAUCUUCCGUGCCAGACGUGAAUACCUUGCGGUGUAUAUGUUUUAUAUACGGACAUUUCUAGAAAGAUGCCAAAUGAGUACUAGGAAAACCUCCUGAUCUGCCAUCUCGAUCAAGUAGUAAAACCAGUGGAAAUUGAGCUACAUAUUUGAUUAUCCUUUGAGGUAUUUUGUAUAUAAAGAUAGAGGCGACAUUUCGUCGCAGUUUUAUUGGAGUAACUGAGGAGUUAAUGUGAAUAUCAUUUAAAUGUUCAAAAAUUUAACUAUGUGGCAUGAAGCAAGAAAACAGGAGAGGAAGAUACGGGAUUUGAUUGUCGACUACAAAAAAAGAGCAGAACGACGGAGAGAUUUCUACGAAAAGAUUAAAGCAGAUCCUACGCAGUUCCUUCAGCUACAUGGACGGCCAGUCAAGAUACAUUUGGAUCCCGCAGUUGCCAUCGCAGGAGACAGCCCGGCAAACAUGAUGCCGUGGCAAGGAAGACAGGAUGUGUUGAUAGACAGAUUUGAUGUACGUGCUCAUCUGGAUAUCAUCCCAGAGUAUCCAUCACGGACAGAGCCGCCGCCACCAGAGGAGUUGUCAAGGGAAGAGAGGCUUAUAAAUUAUGAGCGGUAUCGCAUCAUUGUCCAAAAUGAUUUUCUUGGAAUUGAAGAAGAAAAGUUUCUGCACCAAUUAUAUCUCGAGGAACAGUUCGGUCCCAUCUCACGACCCGAUGAGUCCACACCGCCACCCGGGGAGAAAGACGGCAAGAAGAAGCGGGAAAAGGGGGCGGCUAUUCCGUACUCGUACGACAGCUCCACCUCACAGCAGGCUGCGCCAGCAACUGUUACACAGGAAACUGCAACAGCAUCUCGUGCUGCUGACACCGAAAAGCCCGAAGAAGAGGAAGAAGAAGACAGUGAUGUAGAUUUUGAUCUGUGUGUGGACGUCAGUCAAAUUGGCCCGCAGCAGGCACACGAGCUCAACGUGUGCGGUGCCGCAUACGGUAUGAAUGGGAACGAUUUCUUCUCUUUUCUCAACCAGGACAUUGAAGAAAAGGAGUCUCUGAGACUGGCACGUGAGCAAGAGGAGGAAAAGGCCAUGUACUCGGGAAGAAAAUCUCGGCGUGAAAGGAGGGCAUUCAGAGAAAGACGUCUACAGGGCAGGAAAAUCAGCCCCCCAAGCUACGCAGCUCGCACGAGCCCGACUUACGACCCUUACCGCGUGUCUACUUCAAAGUCGCGCUCUCGCUCGCGCUCACCGGUAAAUACAGGUCAGAUAACCUACAUCACCAGUUUCGGAGGGGAAGAGGAAGAGGAGCAGACACACCCUACAGCGGCCCCCGGACCCAUGAACGUGAGGUCCUAUGGAGGUGCCGACUCAUCUUACCACCACAGCAGCAAUGCCUCAGUGUGUUCCGCCACGGCGGGGUCGUCUGCCGGCAGUCAGAGCAGCAGCAGUCGACGAAACCGAUCUCGUUCACCACGUUCAUCUGGCUGGCGGAGACGGAGAGACCGUUCUCCUUCGUCGAGCAGCCGAAGCAGCCAGCGCAGGCGAUCUGGAAUGUCACCACCUGGUUAUAGGAACAGAUCUCAUUCUCGGGAACGAGAUCGCGGCAGGAGGGGACGUUCACCCUACGGCAGUGACCGACAUUCCAGAUCGAGGCGAACUCACCGCAGCUCGAGCAGUGAUCGAUCUCCCCCACCGUCGGGCCGCCACCAGGUGGGCGGCUUCAGUGCGACUGAUGGCUCUAAAAACAAUGGUCAGCAACAACAGUUACCGCAAGGCCAUCCUGUCAUCAACAACCAGCCACCAGUAGCUAACAGUACUGCAGUGCCGGCCACAGCUGGUGGUUCACAGACGCCUCGCAGGUCGACUUCCCCCACUGUCGCCAAACCACCUCCGCCACCUAUUCGUAGGUAUUAUGGAAGAAGAGGAAAGUCCUCUUCAUCUGAAUUGGAAGAUUCUGAAACUGAAGAGAAGAAGGAACCAUCUCCACCAAAAGUUGUGAAACCAGUGCCACCUCCCAAGAUAAUGAAUACAGGGUUUGGUAAUUCUGGUGCCGGAACCAAACCUGCUUCAAAACUUACACCACAGGAGCGGCUUAAGAAGAAGAUGCAAGCUCUGUUGAACAGACAGUAUAAAGCUGAUAAGAGAGCAGAGCGCAUGAGGCACGAGAAGAUGGAACAAGAGAGGCAAGAUAGGGAGGAUGAACUACGAGAAAUGGCCAUUAAAUUGCGAAGAAGGGAGAGAGAACGCAGACACCGCAUGAAAGAGGGUGACGAGGACGACGAGACGUGGGACGACGACAGCCACUUGAGCGUUUCAUCACUGGAGUCGUACAGUCCAUCUCAGAGCCCAUCCCCGCCACCAGAGAAGGAGAGGCGGCCAGAACCGCCACCACCACAGCAACAGCAGCCUCCCAGGCCGUACCCCCCACCCCUGCUGGGACAACAGAUCCUGCCGCCGCCGCGGCCGCAUAGGAAUCGGUGGUCACGAUCGAGUGAUGAUGAAGAUUGUGGUGGUAACUACCGGAGGGGCUACAGCAGUAGCAGCCACUCCUCAUAUCAUCACAGGCAGAGAUCCGACGAUAGGAGAGGUAGUAGUCGGAGAGACAGUAGGCGUAGCAGGAGCCCACCACAGAGAAGACCAUAUCCGAGGCCACUGGUUGACUAUUGAAACAUCCGUGUACAGAAAUCGCUCAGUACAGGUAAAAUUAAAAAUGCGGAGAACGAAAAUGCUGAAAAUUUUGUAAGACUGUAUCUUUCAUCAUAUUUGUUUAUAUACUGUGAAUAUUUAGACACUAUUAUGUAAAGCUGACUUGUUUGUUAUUCAACUGCCCUUAUGCCAUUGCAUCACUUUCCACCCCAAAUUGCUGCAAAUAAUGCUCAGCAGCUGAUGGUUUUGUAAGCCUUAUUUACAUUUGUUACAGAAAAUAAUGUAAAAAGUUGUUAACAGUUGCUCCUUCUGAAAUAAUUAAUCUUAAUCACCUCUGCAAUAUAUGAAUAAUGGUAUACUCAAGGCUUUGACGGUGAUUAGGAAGCAACAAAUAUUUCUCAACUGGUCAUAUAAUUAUUGGGUCUUGCUCAUGUAUUUCUUUGUUGACCAUCAUCUGAUCCUGUAAUAUAGGCUUUGUCACUGGUACUUCGCAGUUAAAGGUUUGAAAUUGUGUAGGUGACAGUUUGCUUGGUAUUCAAAUUUGUGUGUUUUGCAAUGCCAUUAUGUGAUCAUCUGUAUGUUAUUUCUCAUGAAUAUCAUGUUAUUCUGUGGAGCACAGCAUGAUUAUUAUUUUGAUUAGUGCCUAAGUUAUUUAAUGUUUAUAGGAACGGUUUUCAUAUUUUGUCAUUCACAUUCUAAUUUAUGAGAAUUUUUCUUUAUUGUGCUCUAUAUUUUAGCAUAUAAAAUUGACAUAGAUUAACUUUGUACAUCCUCAGUUUGAUAUUUUUAUUGAUUCAGAUGUUUAAUUGGUGAGUCAUCCAACAUCAUUGGUAAAUAUCACAAAGAAAGGCUAUGUGAUGCUUGCAGUCCUCUUUGUAAAUUAUUUAACAAAUGGCUUUUCUCAAUCCAAAAGCAUAUUUAUUUGAUUCCUAAUGAAGUCAUAAAAUAGUUGCAUGGCUGUGUGGUUGUUGCACAUACAGCCUUCUCCAUUUUUGUGAUUUCUUUGCUGUUAAAUGAGUAAAACCUGAAAUUUGAAGGAAAAAAGCUUGAAGAUCAAAGUACCUACUAGUGGGAACAAACAAUGAGUCACAUGAUAAAACAGAGUAUAUGAAGUUUUUGUAGUUCUUAUGUUAUAUGCAGCUGUCACUAAAAUUGUUUAUCCUCUUCAAUAAUUAUGUGACAGAUGUUUCCUAAGCUGUCAUGAUGCAAUUUCUGAUGUACACAUAAUUUUGCUGUUUCUUAGUAGAAUGUAAAUUUCAGAAAUGAUGAAAUGUGACAAGACAAUCACAUUGACAAAUUAUUAAAAUUUCAAACUCAAAAAAUUUUAAAAGUGAACUCCCAAGAGUGUCUGAAAGAUUUAUGUACUAUUGGAUUCUAAAUUGUAGAAAAAAAUAAUGAUGAUGAUAUUCUUUUUAUUGGGUGGGGCAGCCUUAGAUUGGCACCAUAUCACACUAACAGAUAUGGAAAAAAUAGUUUUGAGCUAGGAACAUACAUAUUUGUGCAUAAAACAAAGGAAAGGCAACCACUCAGCUUCAGCAAACAGAUGUGUGGCACAUACAUGUCCAGAAUCAUAGAACACAGUGUUAACUAGUUAAGAGUCCUAGCUCUUCUUCUGGAAGAAAGUACACACAUUCACACUACCACACAGACAUCCAGAUGGACACUAUCGUGGCUUUGCAAGUUUGGGUGUCGUGUGUGUGUGUGUGUGUGUGUGUGUGUGUGUGUGUACACCCAAACUUGCAUAGCCAAGAUGGUGUACAUCUGGAUGUUUGUGUGUUAGUGUGUGUGAAUGUGUGUACUUUCUACCAGAAGAGCCAGGACUCAAAGCUGUGUUCUGUGAUGUGCCACACAUCAGUCUGCUAAAGGUGAGUGCUGACCUUUGUUAUUUUAUAUAUUGUUUCGACAAGGAAUAUUGUUAUAAACUUGAGAUAUUUGUCAUGUCAUUGGUAAGGAAGUCUUGUGUUUCUGGUGCCUAUAUUUAUAGGCUGAAGAGCAACAUUAGUGUAGUGUUCAACAUAUUCUGUAGCAUAAUAUUGAUUAUUAUGCUUCCAAUAUUAUUCACUGCAGCCAUUGUUUUUGCAAAAGUUUACAAGAGGAUUCUUUACUAUUAUCCUGUACUGUUUCAUAUUCUGUUAAUCUUCAGCUUAACAAAAAGUGGAGUACUCUCAUCAAUAAGUGUCGAAAAGAAAGCUUUGUUAUCGAAAGAUGUGUUAGUGAAAGUAUUGCCCUUUUCAUAAUGCUGUGCUGAACAUUUGUUCAGUGGCAAUGAAAUUUACCUUUGGCUUCCACAACUGUUAUUAAGAUUUCAUCAAUUCUUUGUUAUAUGUAAGUGUGAUGUGUCCAGACUCUCUCCAUUUCUUGAAAGAUCUUUGGCACUCACGUCAAGGAUUAUUUACAAUUACAAUCCUUGUCAUCUUAAAAUUGUUGAUUUCAGAGAAUUGACGAAUAGCGCUUUUUUAAUGUGUAAUCCAUAAAUUAUGCCAUCUGCAAACUACCACUGGUCACAUGUCACUAUUUCCAGACAUUGUGUCUACAAAUUAUGACUCCCUUUAGUCAAAUUAAGAUAACAUUGAAACCGUAAAAUUGCAAAUUAGGUGUUUGCUUAAGGUUUUAAUAUCCUGGCAAAACCAUUUUACAUAAUACACUUAUAAGUUUCACAAACUAAUUCUGGUUUUUGUAUGUGCAAUGUUGCAUCACUAGUUUGGUACUGCUCAGAUUGGGAAGUGAUAAUGGAAGGUAAGUAAAAUGGUAUAGUGAAGGUGUCAGCUUUGUUCUGAAGAAGACACAUUGUUAAUGUCGUUCUGCCAGCUUGUGGCAUUCUCAUUGUAUACCGCAGUGCAGAAAUUGCUAGGCAGUUAGGCUUUAGGCCACUUGGAUAGUGAAUUUGCCAUUAGUUGCAUUUCCAGCGAAUCACAAACAUGAAUACUUAAUAUUUUCACUAUGCCAUGUGGGGAAACAGCUUUCUGAUGAUCAGUCUAUUAUCAGAGAAUAUGACACACAACUCACAUAAAUAUUUAUUUAUUUAUAGUCACGAGAGGCAGAGCUGCAUGAGAAGAUACCAAUUUUUGCUCAUACCCAUUGAAACGCCAUUAUUUUUAUAUACAGCAUUUUUAUUCCAAUCUCGUGACCUGUUCAUUUUCACUUCAUCUGUAAUCAGUGUGCUUAGAUGCUCUGGUUGGAUCUUGCAAUGUAAAUAAAUAAUCAGAGGAGAAGAAUGCAUUGUACUACUAUGUUCAAUACCACCAUUCUGUGGUUAGAGAGAGAGAGAGAGAGAGAGAGAGAGAGAGAGAGAGAGAGAGAGAGAGAGAAGUUUUGAUAUUAAUGAACUUUUCUAAAAAGGCCUUUCCUCGCUAUAUUGAUGUUCUGUUUGGCAAAGAUGUUGUGUACUGUAACAAUUACAAAAAGGCUUUGACACACGUAUUUUUUUAGCUGUGGUUGUCAAAAAGAGAGAUCAGUUUUGCUGUUGUUGGAAUGAUCUGAUUAGUACUAUUACAUAUAACAUAGCUGUCUGUAUAUACAAAGCCUUACUUCCAUCCUCACAUAUCCCGUCUUUGUGUACUGAGUCACAUGAUGUUUACCUCCACUUUCUUUGAAUAUAAUAAAAUUGCUGUACUAGUACAGACUUAAGUCAACUGAGUAGGCUUGGAAUAAACUUUCACCAGAUUGUUUACCAAAAUACUGUCAUAUUAUCAAUUGCCAACACAGAGGUUUCAUAUUCUUUGUAGAUGCUUUCCAAAAGAGACAAACAGUGAAAAACUUGCGCCUCACAUGGGGCAUUCUGUGAAAGGUAUUAGCUUACUGUUUUCAGUAAACCCUUGAUAGGAAAAAAAAAGUUAUGUGCACGGGAGUCUUCCAGAGUAAAACUUUUGCAGUCUCCUGCACAGACAAUGGGGGAAGUUUCCAUUAUUGUUAUCACAAAUUGACAGAGGUUUUAGAGAAGCAGAUGGGUGACAGUAACAUCAUAAUUUUGCUACAAAAAUGUUUGUUUAUUGGUGAAUGCUUUUUGAAUAGAUUGACUUAAAAUGGGAAUCUCUUAUAUUCGGUCAUCAGAAGUAGCCUCUCAAAAUAACUUGCCUGGUUUUAACAUACAAAACAGUUGUGAGAAGCAAUUUUUGACAAGUGUAUCAGAACCUUUGUAUAUUGUACACUUAAAUAAGGUAACAUGAUGGAUGUUUCAUUUGUUUGCAGAGUUUCUUCCCUUGCAACUUCUAAUCGCCAACACUCUUUCAUUCAUUAAGGAAGAAAUUAAAAGCCUUUUUUCCCAUGAGAUCUCUGGAAGAAAGACAUGUUUACUGCAUUGGCUAUUAUUUAUUUUUAUUUUGUGUACUUUGAUGUUUCGACUGUGUAGCCAUUCUCAAAGGCAAUAUUUAAUCAAUUAAUUACAGAUAUUUUGUGUUCCAGUCUGUGGUUUGCUGGGCUUUAAAAUAGUAGCAAUUAUGUUUGGUAUGGUACAAACAGUAGUUUGUGGUUUAUACUGUACUGAAGAUCAUAACUACUGUUUUCACGCCCUGCCAACCAAGAACUGCCAAUGAAAAUGGCAGGAACCCAAAACAUUGUAAUUAACAAGUUAAACUUGAGAACGGCUACACAGCUGAAACAUCACAGUACGCAAAAUAAAAUGGGAAUAAAUGACAACUGAAGCAGGAAACUUACUUAUUUCAAGAAGUUUAUCACAGUUGUGGAUCCUGUUGGAGCUAAAUUAUUUGAAGGAUGUUCAGUUGUAGUUUUAAUUCUGCAUUAUUGGCAGCAUUUUGAUUUUGUUUGGUUAUGAUAAAAAAAAUUGGUGGCUUCCUUGGCAUAUGUACUUCCUUCUGCAGAACAAUGUUAAUCUUACCCAGUAAUCCUUACGUUAUUACUACUCCAGUAUUGCAGUUAAGUGCUUAAACCCAAGGAAGUGUCUACUGCCGAGAUGUUCAACGAAGUGUGUUGUUUCUUUCUCCAGUAGUCUAUUUGUGGAGAGUGAAUUUCAAAUAUUUAUAAAAAAAUUUGAUGAACAGAUUACAUUUCUUCUUAUAAAUACCCUUCCAUUUUGUAAAUAAAAAAAUAGUGACUUACUCAUUAUUUGUAUUUUGUAAACCUUUUUUCACUGAAGCAUGUAUUGUAAUUAAAGUUGUUGGAGUAAAGCUUUUUGAUAAAACUCUUUCAUUA